CUAGCUCGUAUCAUUACGUACUUUAGCAUAUAUUUCUCCCAAGAUUGCCGAAACGAGCUAGAUAACACAAAAAAACAUGAGGUUUUGCCCAGCCUUAGCUUAAUUGGUUCUGAUCUUGUGUUUGCGUGCCGUUUUAGCUAGAGAAAGACGACAGUGGGAAUAUAUCAAAUUAAAGGAACAUACCAUGAGUAUGUAAAGUUUGGGAUCUGUGGUCCGAAAAUAUAGACACCCAUACACCAUAAAUUAUUUUUUCCCAAUCACCAAACAUCAUAUCUAUCUCCCCUUCAAUUCCUUUUUUUCCACUUCUUGCUUAUAUAUUUGCAGGUUUAAUUUUAGGGUUCCUGUUUUCUUGUUUAUCAAUCCUUUUCCCCAUUUCUUUGAGGAUUAUAUUUCCAUUUCUGGGAUUACUUUCCCCCCUGCAGAUUGAGGCCUCGAGCUGAAAAUGGUGAGAGGAAAGGUUGAGUUGAAGCGAAUCGAGAACGCAACGAGCAGGCAAGUGACCUUCUCAAAGCGUAGAGUGGGGCUUCGGAAGAAGGCAUAUGAGCUCUCAGUUCUUUGUGAUGUGGAGGUUGCUUUGAUCAUUUUCUCCCAGAAAGGAAAGCUCUUUGAAUUCUCAAGCUCCAACAUUAGGCAAAUAAUCCAGAGAUACCAUGAAUAUUCAAAAGAAGCACGGAGCAACAACAAUGGUGGAGGGGCAGGAGGGCAAUACAUGGAGCAUCUCAAGCACGAAACAAUUUUGAUGGAGAAGAAUUUAGAGCUCCUCCAAAUUUCUCAACGGAAGCUUUUGGGGCAAGGUUUGGAAUCAUGUUCAAUGGGGGAGCUGAAUGAAAUUGACUGUCAGCUGGAGAAAAGCUUGCAAAAUAUCAGGACCAGAAAGGAUCAAGUUUACAAGGAACAAAUUGAAAGCCUGAAAGCCAAGCACACACAGUUGCUGCAAGAAAAUGCAAUAUUAUUUGACAAGUGUGGUCUGAAGCCAAAUAUGAUACAGCUACCAACAUCAACACCAAUACCAACACCACCAUCACCCCGACCUUCACCUGCAAAGCAAAAGGAAAUUGUUGGCGGGAGUAACAAUACGCAGAAUUCAAUGGUGGAAACCGAUUUGUUCAUUGGCCUUUCUGCUACGCGCUGCUCAUAGUUGCAUUGCUAUAUAUAUAUAGCUUAAUAAAGUUAUGCCUCUCAAUUCUGUUAUCUGUAACUGUAAUCAUAUGUUCAUAGCAACCGACCAUCUCACAAUAUUUCAACACAUAUACAUUGAACAAUAAUCAAGCACAAUAUGUAUAUUUGAUUAAUUUCAGUUCUGUACUAAUAGAAAAAAAAAAAAAAAAAAA